AGCCUGCGGUUUCGGCCGCGCAGCCAAAGCCUUGUGAGAACCUACUGGAUGCUGGAUUUAUCCCCGCCGCCGCCGCCGCUGCCGCUGCCGUUUCUCAGGGGCUGCCAGAGCAUGGACUAUUAAAAACUUGCAUUUCUGCAGUGUGAGGUAACCAUUUGCUUUAUGUUCUCGUCAGGUAAUACUUUGACACCAAUAUGGGAAAGCAAAAUAGCAAACUACGCCCUGAAGUCAUGCAAGAUUUGCUAGAAAGUACAGACUUUACAGAACACGAGAUCCAGGAGUGGUACAAAGGCUUCUUGAGAGACUGUCCAAGUGGACAUUUAUCUAUGGAGGAGUUUAAAAAAAUAUAUGGGAACUUUUUCCCUUAUGGGGACGCUUCAAAGUUUGCGGAACAUGUAUUCCGCACUUUUGAUGCCAAUGGAGAUGGAACAAUAGAUUUCAGAGAAUUCAUCAUAGCCUUGAGCGUAACAUCAAGAGGUAAACUGGAGCAAAAGCUGAAGUGGGCAUUCAGCAUGUACGACCUUGAUGGGAACGGCUACAUCAGUAAGUCAGAGAUGCUGGAAAUUGUGCAGGCAAUCUAUAAGAUGGUUUCUUCUGUAAUGAAGAUGCCAGAAGACGAGUCGACACCAGAGAAGAGGACAGAGAAGAUCUUCCGCCAGAUGGACACCAACCGUGAUGGAAAGCUCUCUCUGGAAGAGUUCAUCCGAGGCGCCAAGAGCGAUCCAUCCAUAGUCCGUCUCCUGCAGUGUGAUCCCAGCAGCGCCGGGCAGUUCUGAACCCGUUCUUUGGAUGAAUUAUGUAUCUGCUUUUUUUUUCCUUGCCAAACAACAUUCAUGGUAGUGUUGCCUCUGUAUGGCCAAUUAUGCCUUCAUUUGUGGCAUCUUAUAGCUUCUUUUGUUGUGGAUUAAUUAUAAGAAUGCUGAAUUGCUCUUAACAAUUUGUCCAGAGCAUGGGCAGUACUGUUUUAAACAGAUAUUGUGGUGUUAUCAUUGUUUUAAAGAUUUUGUUUUGUUUUUUUGUUUUAACAUGUCUGUUUUGGAAAGUACGUGUUGAGAAGGAGUAAACCGGCGACAAACCCUUGGCAGCAAGACACACUGAGAGAUUUUUAGAUUGCUGCUUUAGUAGCUAAGUAUUCACCCACAGGACCUGAAAGUGUAGUAGAGGUUGAACCAAAGGGGUUGUGAUGGGUGGGGUAGGAUUUACCUGGAACCUCCUGUCCUGUCCAGGAGGCACCAGUUAAGGUCAAAGACAGGAUUGGGAAGAAGUACGAAAGUGCAGAAUGUGUGCAGGGUGUAUCGUCCAUACCCCUGCUCCUAUGCCUCAUUGUUUCAAUGCUGUGAACAUUUUCCAGGUUGUGAAGGAGAAGGGAAAAAACAAAGGUCGACAUUUUUUACUAGGUUUACAGUGGUUGAUUUCACACAGCUUUAUCUGAAAAUUCAGCAAUUUGCAAUCCUGAUCCCCAAAUCCACAACUGACGAUACCUCUUGCCGUUUGGGAUCAGCAAAGGCAGACACAGAUAUGGAAAACUGGGUCUUGACAAUGAAUUUAGGGGAGAUAUGUGUUGAAUGUGAAAUUUUCAGGUUAGUAAUAAAGCAGUUUCUACUAAGGAGAGUGAGCAUUCACGUGAUGAACUCACGGACACCUGCAAGCAGCUCCAGCUGAGGCACAUCUGCUGUUCUGAAUGCUCUUGCAUAGUGUCAAGUUUUGGGGGUCUUUUUGUCUCUCUCCACAUAGCUAACGGAGUUUCUGGGCCUGCUCUUAGGGGAAGGCUGUCAUCAAAACUUGUUUUAAACAUAAAAUUGUAGCAUUUAUAUUUCAUUUAUUUUAGUAAAGUUCGAAAAACCUGUACUGAAACAAGGAAAUGGUACGCUUUAUGGUAUAUUUAUAUAUAUAAAAAUUAAAACAAAAAAAAGAUCAGCUCUUGAGAGAAAUGUUGAAUGUUUAUCUUUUCGCCUAGAUGCAGGAGUUCUGAAGUUUGCUGCUGCAAAACUUUAUCCUUUGGUCAAACUUGCUGUAUGCAAAGCUAGUAAACAUACGUGGGAUUUCUUAGGGACUUUACAAGUGCUGCUGCAACGGAAAAGCUUUAGCGACAGGAGGCAUUAUGCUGACUAAAUUGGCAUUAAUCUGUCAUUAGCUAAAGUCUGCUCUGUGAUCCUGUUGGAGAGGUACCCAUGUAGGCAGUGCACAGCAUUGGGAAUUCAUGAGCUCGUUAGAGUAACCUUUGUCUGACAGGGAAGGUUGGCGUUUUGUCAAGUGACCUUGUAGAUGCUAAUCCCCAGUAGCCUUAAUUUAAAAUAAACUAAGUAAAAUAAGUCUGCUUUGCAGAUGAUGAUUAGCUAAGUACUAAUUAGAAGUCAUGAAUAAGUAGCCAAGUAUGAAUAAAUUUCUGUUGAACACUAGCUAGCAGGUACAAUAACUGAGAGAAAAAAAUCCUAGACUUGAUUUUUCCAUACCAUUUGCUUUGCCAGGUGUGAAGUGCAGAGCAUAUUAAAAUAAAAUAAAAAUAAAUUGAUAAUAACAUUGCUAAUCAGUUGUACUAAAAUUAUUAUGAGUGGCUAAUUACACUCAAUAAAUGUCUUCAGGCACACACCUUUGUCUCAAACGAUCACAGAAAUCCAGUUGAUGAUAUAUUCCCAUUAUAGUAACCAAAAUACCAAGCAGACAUGUGUGGGGGAAAAUGAGAAAGCAAAAGAGGCCCAACCACAGACACAAACAGAUUUCAAUACCUAGCGCUCUUAGCAAAUCUUGCACCAAUUCUUCUGGCUGAUGGAAACGUUCCCUCUCUCUUUCUCCCUAAUCUUCGUUAGACAUUCUGUGCGCAAAUCUAGCCCUUCAAAGGAGAGCCUAUCUUCUUCCAGGUAGUUUUCUGCUUUACCUGGAGAGGCUCUGGCCCUCUGUCCCGUAUCCGUCACCUCACGUCUACUGAAAGCCGUGCUCCCUCUCGAGUGCUCAGAGGGUUGUUUUUCGGCAGGACAAGCCUGCCCAGGCUGCUGGGGAUUGCUGCAGGAAGGUCAGUGGACAGGCACCGGUCGACACCCCCUCCGCCAGAAGGGAAGGACAGUCCCGCGGCCCCAGCCGCUCCCGGGGUGCCCCAGCACCACGGCUGCGCGGGCAGGGCAGGGCGACGCUGGAGGAACCCUGCCGACCUGCCAACCCGCCGCCUUGGUGCGGGCACCCACACCCAAAGCGGCCCGGGCCUACGGAAGCUGGCACUUGCCGAAGGUGAACUUGGAUAGCUUCUGCAGUUCCAUCUGCUUCUUAAUGUCGUGAAAGCUGUUGCACGUGACUGAAAGCUUUAAAACGUUGCCUUUUAUUUAAGCAACUGCAUUCCAUCUCUUUUUAGUUUUACAAGAUGCUUCUGGCCCAGAACCUGGUCUCUCAGUUUGGCUUUGCUCAGUAGUUUUGGGGCUUUGGGGCCAGACUUGCUUCACGUGCUAAUACUGCACAACACAUGUUUGAAAACACAACCUGAGAUAUGACCCCAGGCCAGUGGAGAUGUAAUUCUUCCCACAGUUCACAAAAUCUGGAAGAGUAAGAAUUAGCCUACAGCUGCAGAGGAUGUAGCUGGAGAUAAGACUAUUGUAUAAACAUUUACAGAGUGAAUUAAGGUUAUUCUUUUACCUGACUACCACUGAUGAUUGGUAUUGUUUUAAAUUAUUAACUAUCCUUUUCUUUCUUUGCCUCUGCACGUACUUUAAAAGUGAUCCAUAGCUGGAAUUGUGAUAGGAGCAUCCGCAGACCCCAGAUCAGCAGGAGAGCAGUGGUGCGCUGCACCUCAGAUUGGAAUUUUCUGCUUUGCUGCCAUUCGCAUUUGCAAUCAUAAUUGCCUUCAUAAACCUCUUGAAGACAAAAUGACCUAUCCUGUAUGAAAUAGCACAGCAAGUCAGACACUUUCAGGUGAUCAAUUAGCAAUAUUUUCAUACAGGAAGGAUGGCAGACAGCACAUACUAUUUCACAUCACCUCUCAAUUUUGUAGAUGCAUUCUCCGAUAUUAGUUGCAUGUGAAAGAGGUCACCUUCACUCACGUGUUGUCAAAUGAAUUAAUGAAUACAUCCCGCAUGUAGACUGAAUCCAUGGAAAAUGCCAGUCCCACUUAUCGGGCAUUCCCAGUCAGCUUGCGAAACUCUGGGCCAGAAGACGUGAAGCAAGGACUAUGGCUUGUGCCACCUGCAGCAGCCUGUCUUUGUUUUAGGGUGCUUUGGGAAGGAAAAAGGGAACACAACCCUUAUAAAACCAGCAUGCAUCUGUUUUUGUGAGCACUUAUGGUUUGAGAGGGACUGAAGAAAGAUCUGUGUUUCAACAUUAUUUGAAGCCCUGUGAGUUCACAGCAGUGGAUGUUCCCGAGGUACACGGAGCUGUGCUGUUCCUCUUGCUGUUCUUAGGAGCUUGUAGGAUUUUUAGCUUAUUGUUGGGGCAUUUUGCCCUUUGUUGUUCUCUGUUAUAAAGCAUGACCUCCACAUUUUCUAGGCACUGCUGCGUAAAAGAGUAAGCCAGAAGCGUGUAACUUCUGUAGCUGGAUGAGGUCUAUGUGCAGCACAAGAAGUGGUCACACAUGACCAAGUCCCCAUGGUUUAAUAACUUCCCCCAGGGGAUGAGUCCCAGGACUUUUCAGCGUGUGUUCUCUUCACUGAUGGCAAAUGUGCAAUAAUACGGCUUAGCUUAAUUUUCUUUCACUGCAGACCAGGCUAAGUCGCAUUACCUUGCAUUUGCUGUGGGCUGGAAGCGCACACAUGGGCAGAAACCUCGUCUCAGCUGACUCAUGGAAACUUGGUGAACUGUGGUAACUUGAUGUUAAGUCCUAAUCCGCAGACUAAGCCGAGAUGAGAAUAUGGCCGCAGCCGUACGUCUCUCAGUACAUGUGAACUGGGGAACACGGUGACAACUGGCAGGUCCCUGGGGACACAUGGUGGUGGGGAGGGAAUCUCCUGCCUCAGAACAAACACCCUGAGCUCAGCUGUCUCCCUUCUUUUAAAACUCUCUUUUUUUUCAGCAACACUGGUGAAGAUGCAACAUGAUAGCAAUAUAGCACAGUCAGGGUAAAGGAGGCAUCCUUCAAAAGAGUUUCCUUUUGAAGCCUAGCAUACAAGCGCCAAGUUAAACAAGCAGAGGGGAGGGCUGGACAAGACCUCCGGAGCCCCCGCUACGCCAGCACCCCCUUUUGUCUUUCUCAUGGUGCUCCCUCGGUUUCCUGGCGAGGUGGUCCUUGGGCCCAGGAGUUAGGUGUCAGGGAACUGGUGCAAGACUGGUGGAGAAGAAUAUUUCACCUGCCCUUUGCACAAGCAUUUGGAUGCAUUCUUUGCUCUGUGUCUUAUUGGGUGGGAUCUCACAUAGGAGUCUUAAAGUGGGGGAAGUUGGUUUCCUUGGUAUCGUGGGCAGAACUUGUGCUUAGAAAUGCAGAGAAACUUGGCAAGCGUCAGACAGCCGAGCAACGCUCAGAGCUGCAUGUGGAGUUUUCCAUUGACUGCGCAGUAGGCAGAUAAGAUGCAAAGCAGCGAUAUGUCAGACUCGUGGUGUGAUGUGCUCUGAGAUAGGGCUAGACCCGAAAUGGCACCUUCUAGCUGAGCAGCAAUGUCUGCUGCGUAUUCAGUCAGAGGCACUGAGAAAAUACACUUUUAAAUACCUUCAGCAUGAACAGGCAGCUGCAGGGGUAGAAUACCUCUGCUCUUUCUUACAUAUAAGCAACAGAGCUGUUUGCCGUGCUCCAGUUAGGAGUUGAGCAAACAGCUCCCAGGAGGAACAUAAGGCAUUUCCCAAGUGUAACUGAGGGCAAAACGUUGCCUGCAGGACCUUUCUUCCCAGUUGUGGUAGACGAGAAGGUAAAGCUCUGUUUGAGUCUCAAAGCCCAGGUGCCAUUUUGCAGGCUGGGGAAGGUGAGAACAGCAGCUGUGUUUUAAGUACACAGAGGGGCAAAGCAGCAGGGUUUGUAAAUUGGCAUGGAAAGCAGUGACACUAGAAAUUGGGACCGCUGUUGUGGGGCUGCAGAAGCCGUUAGGUGCCUCCGGCAUUCAGAGCAGUAGAACGAUCGGUCGAAUGCAAAGUCAAUCUCUUCAACUCUUGCAGAAACUACCCCUGGCUACCAUGGGUGUCUCAGUUAGCAGCACCCCUUAUUCCAGCCUGGCUUUUGCUGCUGUUGCUUUCAAAUCAUCCAUACUGAGAAGUUGUUUCAGGGGUGGGGAUUUUCGCAGGAUAAGAUAUCAAGCUUUUCAGAUACACUCUCCAUAUCUUAACAAGUAACAGCUGGAAAGGCCAGAUAUUAGGGGCUUCUUGCAAUGUACAGAUUUGAUUUCCUCAUUGCUCCAACAGGUAGUGUUAUUUUAAUACGUAUAGUUGGGAUUAAGCUAUCACGUGUAAAAUGCUGGCUAAUGCACAAUAAACAAGGUAAAAAAAGAGCUUGGGUUGCAGUGAACAAUGUGAAAAGACUAGGAAAAUGAAAAACUGCCUUUAGACCAGGGUCUGAAUUCACAAGACGAAACCCCCGUGGCAAUAGUCAGCACAGAAUAGCUCCUCUGCACUAGCCCCGUCCCUGAGACCUCCUGGGCUGCUUCAUCCCUACAUCACUGUGUGCUGAGGCUGGGGACUCUGGGUCCUGCCACAGAGAUGGUCAACUGAGCUUAUUCAGCCUGCUGAGUGCUUCCCAGAUCUCGAAGCACACGACGGCCACCCUCUCUGUAGUGUUAACUUACUGUGCAGCUGAGACACAUCUUAGAUCUUCCCCUCUUGCCCUGACCUUACACAAAAGAUGUUCUCACCUUCUCAGGGCAGGCGCUCAGGGUGUCCAGCUCUCCGACGCUUUGCGCCCACCUCCCAGUUGCCAUCCCUACCCUCUGUGUGAAUGAAUAACAAACACCAGCCCUUGACAUCUGGAGGAGCCAGGCUUGAUGCAUUUAGAUGAAAGAGCUUCUGAUUUGGUUCCCAGCCUUUUGGACCUCCUGUGUGUACCUUGCCAACCACACUAUUUAUUUCCUAUUAUUAAGUAAUGGCAGUAUUAAACAUUUCAAGAACACACUGAACCUCUGGAACAAUGUGGUUUUCAUUAUCGUGUCUGUGUUUGUUGAUGCACUGCAGACUGAACCUGACCGGUGCUCGCUCUCCGCUCCCAUGGUUUAUUCCACAGAGAGCUGAUUUCUUCCAGGCAGGAGCAGCAUCUUCCUGUGCGUCACCAUUCAGCGUGCAGUGCCCCGAUGCUGCCUGGACUGCCCAGGUGCUGUGGACCAAGAGAUAAUUUUGGCGCAGGAAUGUCAGGUGGAAACUCUUCCUCCCAUCUGUCAAAAACACAUGUUGAGGGUGUGACCUCCGGUUUUCUCCUCCCUGGGGACAGGGGUUUCAGCGGUAUUCAGGGUUGGCCUCAUGUUCCCCCACCGAACUGGAUGAUGGUGAUUAGUAAACCCACCUGAGAAAAUCCUCUUAAAUUCUAAGCUUCAUUUGUGCUGUUAAUUGGCUGCGCUCAGAGGGAAGAUUAAUGGGUCCUAUGCAGUUGUUUGGGGGAGAACUUGCAGUUCCUUGCCACCACCACCUUUUUAUUUCCUGUAAUUAGCUUAUUCCCAUUUCCAGGGCAACCAAAUAGUUUUUAUUGGUAUCUGGGAGAAAAAGAAAAAACAAAACCAGAGUUUCAAUCUGAUAAGAAUCUAAGGAAGCUUACUAAAGACAUUGUGCUCUGUGUUAGUCAUAUAAAUGCUCUACAAGAUCAUGUUUCUCUGGUAUUUUGUGUUUAAUUUCCUUAUUUGUGUUUUAGUUGUGUUUGUAAUUUAUUUAUUUAUUUUGGAUCCCCUUAGAUUCAACCCUGCCAGUCGUUUAGCUCAUAUGCUAGCAAAAGUCCCAAUGAUUCCAAGAGCAGAGCUGCCGGAGCAAUUACUAGCGAGGUGGGCUCACCGUGCCUAGCAAAAACGAAGUGCUUAAUUACAUUAGGGAUUAUUUUUGUCUGUACAUUUCCUGCAAGGAGACAGAUUGAGACAUAUUUCAAUAUGCUUAUCUCUUCCACUUGCUCACUUCAAUUCCAUCCAAGCAGUCUUGUAGUUAAUAUUUGUAUAUUCAGUUCUAUUUCGCUCUUGAACAUGAGGUGACCAAUAUUGGCCUCUUCUGACAGAAGUACUUGAUACCUUUGGAUUUUUAAGUAUCGCCGAAUGAAUGACGUGAGGGAUGCAAAAGUAAAUAGUUAUACAUUUGUCUGUGUAAAUUUGAGCAGGUAUUUUUGAUGCUGUAGAGACUAAUAAAUUGAGAUAAACCAUGGCGAAAAGCUGAAUAGAUCCAAGUGUCCAGUUCCCGUUAAAUCCAUGACCAUUCCACAGAGAGAGCUUUCUUAUCUCUGUUCCCUCAGGCUGUUUCUACGUUGCAGCGUAGAGUAGAGAUACUAAAUCUAACUUUACAUAAGCUACCAUGGGCAGACUAACUGCAGCAGCAUGGAGUUCAGCAUAUCCUGCGUCUUGGCAAAAUUAGAUACCUCUCUAGAUGAAUGCUUUGUAAGCAAACCUACAUAUCCUAAGGAAGACUUUUACAACUCAGAAAGGAGAGGGAUGACUAUGAAUUAAAUGAAUUUGGUCCACAUAUUUUUCUGAUGGCGCUCUAGAAUUGCUAGUGUCCUGCGUGUAGUUGCCUAUAGCUAUCGUGAUGUGUUAAUUUUUCCCCCCGGUUCUGUUGUAAGCUCAUCUGGUGAUAUUCUGAGUCUCCAGCCAGUUCUCAGCCCAGGCAAGGCCCACGGAAAGGACAUCUAGAGGUGAGCUGCCUUCAGGAAGGCUGAGAGCAGCUCUCGGGAUUUGGCCCUGUGCUUGCAUGAUUUGGGAGCGUGUACCCGCAGAGCAAUGUGUUAAACCUACCCGGCAAAAUGGAAGUAGAUGAUCAGGCCAUCGGAGGAGACGGAGGAUUUGGUGGAGGGUUGUGUAUGUGUUUUGUGCCCCCCAGCACGCGCACCGUUUCCCCUGCUAUUAACUUCCAGUUAGGACCUUUCUUGAACUGUUAGUGUCAGAGUAGAGUUUUCUUAUGCUGAUAAUGUAUUUGUAUUAUGCAACGUACUAAAAAAAAACCCAGAAGAUGAUCUCUCUAUGACUGUCCUCUCCUCUCGAGAAGCUGUUCUCUUCUGUACAUACGAUACGCAGAAUGUAUGGGAGUCUUACCAGUGUCGGUUUGCAUUUUUAAGACUGUACUAAUUAAUGUGUGAUGCUAUUGUGUUUUCGUAGUGGCAUCUUUGAUGUAAGAUGUAAAAACUAUUUAAAAUUAUUUGGUUUUGUUAUUGUUCAGCUUUUAGAGGUAGCACCAAGGACUGCAUGUUCACUAGAAUCAGCCUUUUUCAAGGGCCGUCAUAGCUGCACACAGGCACCGGUGUUUCACCCGGAGCAUCGUACCUGCGAUCUCAUUUUAAUAGGGGUCAGUUUUGAGCGGAAACUAAUUCUUCCUGAAAAGUCUAGUUUUCUCUUUCCCUCUCUCAGACUCAAGCUUCCCCGUCCCACGCUGUGUGCCAGUCCCGGCCCCAGGAGGAGACCUGAGAGGAGGGUCCCCCAACCCGGGGCACCCCGCUGGCCCCAGCGUCAGGCUUCCUUAUCCCUUAGCUCACCUGCAUGCACGCUCGGUUUUCCUCGGGACUGCUGGCUAUACCAGGACAAAACUGAUGGGUUCACAUUUUAAGACCGUUUGUGCAAGUGACUUUAAAAUUAACUAGGAUUUUGAGGAAUUAAGCAAUUAAGGAAAAAGAAGAGCCUGAGUGGCAAGUUUGGGGUCAGAAUCUUAUUGGGGUGCUUAAUAUAGCGAGAACUUGGGGUCAGUCCCUAAAAGACGGGACCAUUUGGGGGGCUUAGAUCUGCAUUUCUUGUCAGGUUUGGAGAGGGAAGAGGGGCUCGGAUGCAGCCUUUCGGGCAGGGCUGACUUACUCCAUGGAUUGAGUCUGAGAGAGAUGCUUCUCCAGAUUGUGUCCUGGGACAAAAGACAAGACAUGCUGCAGCUUAGGAGUUUUUUUCUUUUAUUUUUUUUCUUUUUAAUGGAGAAAGCGGUUCAAACUGCACCUGGCAAAAUGACUGACUUCAAAAGCAUGGUUUUCCUUCUUAUUAUAUAGACACUCACAAAACAGCAUUGUGUGGUUAAAAAGGCGCGUUUGUGAUAGUUUCUUUUUCAGUGCCAAAAUACAUAAGCAGUAUUGUUUGAAGGGAAAUAAGAAUUUUUUUACUGUAUUGUUAUUACUGUUGAACAAAUAUUGUUUUUAAAUGUUAGAUUUUGAAGACUUUUGUAUUGUAAACUGUUUUGUGACAUGGUGCUUUUUCAUACUGGAAUUACUGAUUGCACCUGAAUAUGAAUUAUUUUGUUUUCUUAUAUAAAUAUGUAACCUUGAACAAUCUUGAUGAAAACCAAUGUAUGGUGGAUACCAAUGGUUCAGACAAAUUGUCCUACUGAAAUCCCCUAAAUGUUCUUUCCUACUAAUAAACAUUCUGCUGCAGCUA